UUGCUCCGCAGUGAGAGAACGAGCGAGCCGCGCAAGGAACCCCGUCGCAACCGCACGCAGCCCCGAGCGCUCGCCCGAGGCAGGGACCACCGUCGUCGUCGUCGUCGUCGUCGUCGCCGCCGACGCAGCAGCAGCAGCAGCAGCGGGCGGGCGGGCGAGCGAGCGGACAAGGCGAGGAAGAAGGCAGACCGCACCCGGCGCAGCCAUGUCUGUGGUGGGCAUCGAUCUGGGCUUCCAGAACUGCUACAUCGCGGUGGCGCGGAGCGGCGGCAUCGAGACCAUCGCCAACGAGUACAGCGACCGCUGCACCCCAGCUUGUAUAUCACUAGGAUCUAAAGCCCGUUCUAUUGGAAAUGCAGCAAAGAGUCAGAUUAUCACAAAUAUUAAGAAUACAUUACAUGGAUUUAAAAAACUGCAUGGGAGAGCAUUUGAUGAUCCUUUUAUAAAAGCGGAACGAAUUAAACUGCCAUAUGAGCUUCAGAAGAUGCCUAAUGGGAGUGUAGGAGUAAAGGUUCGGUACUUGGAUGAAGAGAGACCAUUUGCAAUUGAACAGGUUACAGGAAUGCUAUUGGUUAAGCUUAAGGAGACAUCAGAAAGUGCACUUAAAAAACCUGUAACAGACUGCGUCAUUUCAAUCCCCAGUUUUUUUACGGACGCUGAGAGAAGAUCAGUAAUGGCAGCUGCCCAAGUAGCAGGUUUAAACUGCCUGAGGUUAAUGAAUGAAACUACAGCAGUUGCACUUGCCUAUGGGAUUUAUAAACAAGAUCUUCCAUCCCUGGAAGAGAGACCAAGGAAUGUGGUUUUUGUAGACAUGGGACACUCUUCAUACCAAAUUUCUGUUUGUGCUUUUAACAAAGGGAAAUUGAAGGUACUGGCUACUACAUUUGACCCAUUCUUGGGUGGUAGAACCUUUGAUGAGGUUUUGGUAGAUCACUUCUGUGAAGAGUUCAGGACUAAGUAUAAACUGAAUGUAAAGGACAAUCCUCGAGCACUGCUGCGUUUGUACCAGGAGUGUGAAAAACUGAAGAAACUCAUGAGUGCCAAUGCUUCAGAUCUUCCCAUGAACAUAGAAUGUUUCAUGAAUGACAUUGAUGUCUCUAGCAAGAUGAAUAGGGCUCAGUUUGAACAGUUGUGUGCAUCUCUUCUGGCCAGAGUAGAACCUCCUUUGAGAGCAGUGAUGGAACAAGCUAAACUGCAGCGUGAAGAUAUAUACAGUAUAGAAAUAGUAGGUGGAGCAACUCGAAUCCCAGCUGUGAAGGAGCAUAUCUGUAAAUUCUUCUGUAAAGAGAUAAGUACCACACUCAAUGCAGAUGAAGCUGUUGCAAGGGGCUGUGCAUUACAGUGUGCAAUUCUUUCUCCAGCAUUUAAAGUCCGUGAAUUUUCCAUCACAGAUGUUGUUCCUUACUCAGUUACUCUGAGGUGGCAGUCAUCUUAUGAGGAAGGAACAGGUGAAUGUGAAGUCUUCAGCAAAAAUCAUGCUGCUCCAUUCUCAAAAGUUAUUACUUUCCACAAGAAGGAGCCCUUUGAGCUGGAAGCAUUUUAUACUCAUCCACAUGAUGUUCCUUAUCCAGAUACAAGAAUAGGUCAUUUUGUUAUUCAAAAUGUUGGGCCUCAACAUGAUGGGGACAAUUCAAAAGUGAAGGUUAAAGUACGUGUUAAUGUCCACGGAAUCUUCAGUGUGGCUAAUGCAUCUGUAAUAGAGAAGCAAAGUAUAGAUGGUGAUUCCAACGAUGUAGCUAUGGAUACAGAACUGCCAUGUAAGAAUCAAAGCAGAGAUGAACUGGCUAAAAUGCAGGUUGAUCAAGAUGAUGGUAAUCAUAAGAACCAAACUGAACAGAAUCAAACAGAUGAAGAAGUUGAUCAUAUAGGAGCUGAAGGAAAGACUGCUUCAGGUGACAAGCUUGAUACAAAUCAAUCUGGCAAAGUUAAAGCGAAGAUCAAGAGUAUUGAUCUACCUAUCCAGGUCAACCUAUACCGACAAGUGGGGCAGGACCUUAUUAAUUGCUACAUUGAAAAUGAGGGGAAGAUGAUGAUGCAAGAUAAGUUGGAGAAGGAAAAAAAUGAUGCCAAAAAUGCUGUUGAAGAAUAUGUGUAUGAUCUGAGGGACAAGCUAUGUGGGGUCUAUGACAAAUUCAUCACUGAAGAUGAUUCAAGAAAGAUAACUUUAAUGUUGGAGGAUACAGAAAACUGGCUUUAUGAAGAUGGAGAAGAUCAACCAAAACAUGUAUACGUGGAAAAACUUCAGGAAAUGAAAAAAUUUGGUGUUCCUAUCCAGGAUAGGUACAUGGAACAUGAAGAAAGGCCAAAGGCAUUAAAUGAUUUGGGAAAGAAACUCCAGCUGCUUAUGAAAGCCAUAGAAGGAUACAAAAAUAAGGAUGAAAAAUACAGUCACAUUGAUCCUGUUGACAUGGAAAAAGUUGAAAAGUGUACCACUGAGGCUAUGAAUUGGUUGAAUUCAAAAAUGAAUGCACAGAACAGGCUGAGUCUGACACAGGAUCCUGUGGUGAAAGUUGCAGAAAUAAUUGCAAAAUCUAAGGAACUGGACAAUAUAUGCAAUCCUAUUAUUUACAAACCUAAGCCCAAGGCAGAGCCCCUGUCUGAAGGUCAAGCAAAAUCUAAUAACGAACACAAUGGACCAGUGAACGGACAAAGCGGUGCUGACGCAAAAUCAGAGGACAGUUGCCAGCAGGCUAAUUCAUCUGAAGAAAUGGAUGUGGACUAGGUUUUACAUUUCUUUCAGUCCAUUAAAAAUAGUGCAAGUAAUCUAAGGGUCCAUCUUUCUUUUAUGUCUGAUUCACACUGCAAAUGUUCAGUUACUUAGUCAACUUUCUGUCCUUUGUUCUUUGCAGUAGGUUUGAAAGUGUUUUUCUAUUGAGUGCAUUCCCAUUGUUCAUUCCAUUGAUGUCGCUUGUGUGGAGCUUUAGUUGAAUGUAGAUUGUAAAAGUCAAUUUAAGCUUUCCUGAUAUAUUUUAUAUCAAAUAGGCAGAUUUGAUAUAUACAUAUAUAUACAUAUAUAUAUAUAUAAAUGACAACAAUCUACCUUAUUUAAAGCUUUUAUUGUGGGUAAGCCUCUGCUCCUUUAUUCAGGAAAGGCCACUGUAUUGCACUAUUGAUGCUGAAGUGUAGAUUUUUGCAUCUUUAUUUUGGAAGAUAUUGGAUCUGAUGUGGCUUAAACAUUGCCACUUGAAGCACUGACCUUUUUCUAGUUGUUGUACUGUUCUAAUUUAAAUAUUAAAAUAGAGGUUAGCUGGCAAACUAGUUCAUCUUGUUGAUGUACCAUGAAAACAUGUAAGAACUUUGUAGACAAAACAUCUUAACGCUUGAAAGGAGCUCAUACCAGCAGCAUUCUUUGUCAUAAAAUUAGCAACAUGACUCAAAAUAAAGCUCAUGGUCUCCAUGUACACACAGUCCUGUAUAUCAUAUUCUCUGUUGAUGCUGAGACACUGUUAAAGUUGUAAUAGUAUGAAAUGCUAGUGGAAUUUUAAAGGCCAUAACUAGGAGACAUUUUUCAUUUCUCUUAACUGCUUCUAACCUUACUGGUUUGGCUUCAUUCUGAAUGCUGCAUGUGCAUGUUUUUUAAAUACAUCCUCACAAUUAAAAGCAGAAAAUACAGGCAUAAAAUGGUCAUAAAUUGGUAUUGAUCGUGUCUAUGUCAGUAUUCUUUACUGAAAAACUUCUGCCAUUCUUUCUGGCAAAAGAUUUUCCAUUUUAUAGUCUGUGCUUGGGGGAAAAAAGCACAAGUAGCAGCAAAAUCUGUUAUUACUGGUUCCAAGUAUACUUUGCUGACUUUAUUUGGCAUGCAUAAAAUACUAAGCCAAAAGACAUGAAUAAGCUAUUGAUGUUCCAAAUGCAUUGAGUACUACAGACACAGUUGUUAAGUCUGAGUCCCAGCCUGAGUAAGUACUAACUCAGCUGUCUUGAAAGAUGGCAAAGCACUCAUUAGGAAGAAACAGUGACUUUCACUGAGAUCACCUAAUCUUAGGGAGAAAUGUUACUGUUAUGUUAGCAGAAUGUUGCUCUUUGAAAAACUCUACAAGCGAUUCGGUUAUCUAUUUUCUUGACUGCUAACUAUGCAAAUUUACUUAGCUUGUUUCAAACUGUAUGUAUACUGUUGGUGAUUCUAGACCAAGCUGCAUGCAAAGGGAUUUUCUGGCCUAUUUUGUAUGUUCUCUGAAUUUCCAGUUUUACAGGUUAUUGACUUUAGUGGGCAGAAUUUUUCUUCAUUGUGCAAUGUAUAGUAAUAUUUCUAUAAGGUUGCCUGCGGGGUGGGAUCUCUGAAACAAUUGUGUUAUCUUCCACUACAUGAUGUGGUAAGCAGAUGUUUUGAUAUGCUUGGCCCCCUCAUGCAGUCUCCCAUUUCUCUGCUUUUAACAAUAAGUGGCAGGCAUUUCUUCAGUAAGUGCCUUCACACUGGCUGACGAUAGCACUCUAACCCUGCAGUCUUUUAACCAGUUUUCUUCAGGGCAGAAUGGAGGACAUGCAGCUACAUAGUGCAUGGGUUCACAUUGCGUGCUAAGCCACUGCGUGCGUAGCUUAGUGUGUUGUCUGAAUCCCCUGUGCUUCCUGUUUUGGGGGGGGGGGCUGUAAGAUGCACUAAGAAGCCAUAGCUUCUUUAUGGUUUAGAAAACCCUAGCUGGUCUGUUGUGUUGUCUGAACCCAGAGAGUACAACAAGCCAUGGUCAAGAUGAAAAAUAAAAGAGCAAAUAGAGCUUCAGCUAAGAAAUCUUCAAAGGUACUGUAAAUCCCAGGCACCAACAGACAUACAUAUUUGCCUCUAAAGAUGACAAAGAAGGAGGGACACACUAUUUUAAUGUAUUACAUUUCUAUAUUGCCCAAUAGCCAGAGUUCUUACUAUUCGCUUUGGGAGUAGGGUGGGGGUUGGGCUUAGGCCCUCAAUUGGAAAUAUAAUGCUGCAACUUGUUGAUUUGUGAGUAGGGGACACCUAUUUGGAUGGAAUAAUUUUCAGUUAUUUUAUGAAAGGAGUAGCAUAAAGCUAGUAUUCAUCUUCAUACAUUUGGAAACAUUGGAGAGGAUUUCUAGUUACAUUGUUGUUAACGUAUUUAUUUAUAUUCCAUCUAUUCUUGGUGCUCAAAGUGGCUUACAGCAGUAAAAGACUAGAACAAUUACAAUACUAAUAGCAAUACAUAAACGGUAAGAAUGAAAUGAAAUCAACUACAAUAUUAAAAUUUAAUAAAGUGCCAACAUUAAAACUCUAUAAACC